GUGUAACGGCAAUCGUUCGUUUGUGGAAAAACUAAUGAAGCUUUUCUCAAAAUUUUAAAAAUUAAUAUUCUCUUCAGGCUUCAGCAAACACCUAGUAUAUGAAUAUAUAUGUAUGUAAUGUCCAUCUCCUCUGUCUCCAACCUCAUUUUUGUAUAAAUAUAUAAUCUUCCUUUUAGGACAGAACCCACCGAAAGAAAGCUCCAAACCCAACAAAAAAAGAAGGCGGCGGAGAAGCAAACAACGUCAACAAAAUAAUGCAAGCAGAGAUUUCAGAUCAAAUAUUCUAUUCAUUCCUCACCGGAGGAUUAUGUGCCUCGUCGACUUCCUCCACCACAACGUCGUUGUUUUCCUCUUUUGCCAUCGAAGACAAGGUUGCUGAAGACAAAGCUCUUGCUUCUCUGAGGAACCAUAAAGAAGCUGAGCGAAAGAGAAGAGAAAAAAUCAAUUUCCAUCUCAACAAGCUCCGCAACUUACUCUCUUGUAACUCCAAGACAGACAAAGCCACACUACUAGCUAAAGUGGUUCAACGAGUCAGAGAAUUAAAACAACAAACCCUAGAAAUCACCGACGAAACAUUACCGUCGGAGACAGACGAAAUCAGUGUACUCAACUUUGAAGACUGUUCCAAUGACGACGGUCGACGGAUAAUCUUUAAGGUAUCGUUUUGCUGCGAGGACAGGCCAGAUCUCUUGCAAGAUCUCAUGGAGACACUCAAAUAUCUUCAGAUGGAAACUCUCUUUGCCGAAAUGACAACAGUCGGUGGUCGAACAAGAAACGUUCUCGUUGUGGCCGCCGACAAAGAGCAUCACGGCGUCCAGUCGGUGAAUUUUCUACAGAACGCACUCAAGUCUUUGCUUGAACGGUCAAGCAAGUCGGUGAUGAUGGGACAUGGUGGUGGUGGGGAAGAAAGGUUAAAACGACGUCGUGCUCUAGAUCACAUCAUAAUGGUCUGAUCUUUAUGAGACUUGAGCACUAAAUUAUUUAGGGUUUAAUUUUAGAGAUAAUUGGCUAGGAGACAAGGAUUUUGAGUCUAAUUAGUUUUUCAUAAACUUUUGUCGUGGUCCAUAUCAUAUAAAAUUUCAGCCCUGUUGUGAACUGUG